AUGAGAAGUGAAAUACUGGUCGUGUUGGACAUGGUUCUGUUAGCGUCAGCUUUGAAAACGGAAUCCCCUCAGUGUCACGUGGAGACCAAUGGCUGUAGUACACCCAAAGGCGUUCCCAGACCAUUUGUGGAGACAUUCACCCCUGCUUGCAACAGACAUGAUGUCUGUUACCGUUGUGUAAGUGUGAUAUCCAGCCUCUUCCCCAGGACGGUUUUCCCUGGAGGUGAGGCGGGAAAAAGGCCCUGGCAUCGGCCGGCCAAUCCGUCAUUUUGAUUGGCUGAUUGAUUUAGGUAAUUCAAAGCCAGGGAAAAGAGCCCUGGGGACGAGGUUGUGUGAUAUUUUACUUUGGUACAUUACGCAGGGGAUCAUACAUGAUAUAGAGAUUUCAACGGGGGGAAAAUUACAUCAAUCUUUUUCUACACGGAUAUUGUGACCUGUUUUUAAAAUAAAAAGGAGCUAUGUCGCAAAAUUUAUGAAAAUUCAACCAGUAGGAAUUAUUGGUGGGGGUGUGCCGCCCGGUUCUCCAAAUCCUGACCCUAUUUUAGAUUUUAAAAAAUGUCAUUUUUCACACCCCCUUUUUCAGACCUGGCCUCUAAAAUCCAUACCAGGAGCCCAUCCUGUCCAUACCCAUUCUCAGACCCAGCCUUCAAGAUUAUAGGAAAUUACAUCAUCAUUACUUACAUUAGAACAGCAACAAAAAGGAUUUCGUCAAAUCGAUUUCGAAUAAUUCGCAUAUUCUCUUUCUUUCUUAAAUUCAUUUGGAAUUGAAACGAUAAAUACGUUCAUACGCUCCCGUAUAUCUGGAAUCGGGUUUGGUUUUUGAGGUCGGAGUCAGCCGUGAGACUCUGCCGGUUAUUUCCGACGAAAUCGAAGAUCUUAGAGAUCGUGUAGAUUGAGGGCGGGAAGAAGGAUUCGCCAAAAAUGGGAACAAUGCGUAUUGGGAAAGAAAAUGAUAUUUGGGACAGCGAUGAAAGAAGUUUGGGAUGCGGCAUUCUUGUGAAAAAAGGAUAGGUAAUAAGAGAUUAGGACACCCUUUCCAGAUCGAACCUGUUAAACCAUUAUCUUCUCUUAAAUGCGCUUAUCAACUUCUCAUUAAAACCUUUUUCAGGGGUAUCAUUACAGAUGGAGUCGAAAACAGUGUGACAAGGCCUUCAAAUCCGACAUGAAAAAAGCCUGCAGAAAUCAGAGCGGCUGGUUGAAGAGACAUAAAUGCCGGUUCACGGCAGGUCUGUUCUACAUGGCAGUUCGAACGUUCGGGAAAUCGCAUUAUCGGAUUCCCUCAAGUUCUUGGUGCCAAAAACGGUGCACUGAAAGCUAUGGAAGUCCCAACUAA